AUGGCACCACCUCAACCGCUACAAAAUGUAGGAGGCACUUUCGAUUCCUCCAGCGCUACGAUGCGUGGUUGCCCUGUCGCUGACGGCCUCGACCCAACUCGCAUCAUGUGUUGCAACAAGGUCGUUACUCGAACAACCCACAUGGGCCAAAUGGAGGCCGAAUCAGCAGUCCUCGAGGCCCUCACAGAGUUCAAGGAGCACGCAAGUGGCUUGAUGCCAGACCGCGUCCUCGAUCCAUCUCAGCGCAUCCCAUGGGAGUCAUUUGAGUUCAUCGUUGGUAUCAUCGGCUCCUCCUCUCGUGGAAGCAAACAAGUCAGAGGUGGAGGUUUCUACGCAAUGUCUAAGAGUGGUGGCAGCGGUGUUAGUGAGCUGGUACAGAUCCCGAUCCGUUGCCUGCCCGUGAUUAUCCACUCCGUCCACAGUCUUGAUACCCAAGUUGAAUGUCUGGUGAGAAGUGUUGGUGGAUUGGAGCUUAGGUGCCAGAGGCACUUGGACACGAACUUUACUCUAUACCUCGCGCGCUAUAACCCUCCGCGUCCCAUCAACGAAGGCCUCGUACAGGCUCCACCAAACAAUUCUAACUGUUCCAGGGUGAACGCUCUAGGAGUACUUCCCUAUUCGAAUGAUCCUCAACUGAACGAGUUUCGUCACCGAAAUUCACGAACCAUGCUCGACAUUGAAAAGGCCCGGCUUCAGGCGGAAUCGGUCCGUAUCUCGGCCCCAAACGUUCCCCCCAACAAGCCCACCCGCGAAGCCAAUAGCGCCCGUAGGAAGGAAACCUAUCUUGCAGUACCACGCACCGCCCGCGGCAAGUCUCCAGUGGUUCCCAGGUCUCCCAAAACUCCGGCAAACAAGACUCCCCAGACCCUGGCAGCCGAUACUCCGAAGGCUCCGGCAAAGAAAGUUCCUAAGCCUCCCGCAACCAAGCCUCCCAAUACUCGGGCAAACAAGAUCAAUAACCCAGCAAGCCAGAAUGUGGUACCCUCUGGACCAGCCCAGCAGGAAGGACCUCCGGGGAUGAUGAAAUGCUCCAAGAUGAGGCGGUUUCUUCCCCAGGACCAGUUUGAUAUCAAUCCCAACACUGGCAAUUACUACAAACAUUGCCGGGCUUGCCUCGGAAGAAGUGCGCCUUGGAAUUUCGACAAAAUGAAAACCCCACCUCGUAAGGGACGAAAGGCAAGCCGGGAGGAAUGA